AUGACAAACAACGAUCAAUAUGUCCUGGUGACUGGCGCAAACAGCGGCCUGGGUCUGGGAACCUGUUUCCGUCUCGUCGACGAAUACCUUGCUUCUCACACCCACGAUGAUGGCACCCUGACCAUCAUAUUCACCACUCGAAGUGCCAAAAAGGGCGCCGAGACUCUGUCGACCCUCGAGAAACACCUCGCCAGUCACAGCGACACUUCCACCUCCAGUCGCAAGAUCUAUUUCCAAUCCGAGAAUGUCGAGUUGACGAGCCUCCUCUCCGUUCGUGCCCUGAGCCGCAAACUCCUCGCCUCAGAUCUUCCGCAUAUCAAUGCAAUAGUCCUCAAUGCCGUCUUGACGGGUAUCAGACAGGCUACAACAUGGCCGACGUUCAAACUGGGUCUCGUCGGGCUGGUGACAAAACCGCAAUUCCCCAAGGGGACUGUUGCCGGUGAGGAACCGAUCCUUGGAGAGGUCUUCUGCGCAAAUGUUUUCGGACAUUACAUGCUGGUACACUGGCUCAUGCCAUUAUUCCGCGCAUGCGCACCUGAGUCCCGCGGCAAGAUCAUCUGGUCAACUUCCAUCGAGGCGGUAGCAUCUCACUAUAACCCCGACGACCACCAAGCCCUGAAAUCCUCCGCGGCGUACGAACACACCAAGCGGAUGGGAGACUUGCUGGCGCUGAGCGCGGUCAACCAGCCAGCAACAGCCAAACAAGUCAAAGAAUACACGACACCUUCCUUAGAGCCUGCACGAGAGCGGCCACAUCACUCCGAGCCGACCUUCCACGUGUCGCAUCCAGGCAUCUGUACCACCACCAUCAUCAGCCUGUACUGGAUCAUCCACGAAUGCUACCGCUUAGGCAUCUACCUGGCCCGUUGGUGCGGCUCGCCCUGGGCCAACGUGACCAGUAACCUCGGCGCCGCGGCGGCAACGUGGCUUGCGCUCGCGUCCCUAGCAGACAUCAGAGACAGAGCUAUCCAAGCCACCGGCGACGAAGACGGCGGGCCAUGUAAAUGGGGGUCAUCCACCGACCGUCUAGGCCAUUCUUCCGUUCGAGUCACCGAUGUCCCCGGUUGGGGCAUCAACGGCAGCGGCAAGCCCUUCAAAGAUAAAUGGUGGGGUGGAAGUCUGGGAAGGAAAACAGGAUACACAGACGCGACCAAGGAAGAUGUUGAAAAUUUCGUCGCCGAGGGGGCAGAAGUGUGGAACAAGAUGGAAGCCAUGCGGAAAGACUGGGAGGCCAGGAUUGAAGAGUACGAGGCCGCCGAUCAAGGGACAAAGAGUAAUGGACAUGUAGCAUGA